AUGCCUCUCGACACCUCCACGUACUCCAUGGCGCUGCUGCGCGUCGACGGCCGCCGCUGGAACGAGCUCCGACGUCUGCACGCCCAGAUCCGCACGCAGGAUGCCGCCGACGGCUCCAGCUACCUCGAGAUGGGACACACCAAGGUCAUGUGCGUCGUGACGGGUCCGACCGAACCCCAGCGUCGUGGAGGUGCGGGCGGUCAGACCAAGGAAGCUGCCGUCAAUGUCAACAUUGUCGUUGCCGGCUUCAGUUCGGUUGAUCGCAGGAAGCGCGGUCGCAAUGACAAGCGUAACCAGGAGCUCGAAGCCACCAUCGCCAAGGCUGUCUCGGCGAACCUUCACACCCAUCUCUUCCCUCACAGCAGCAUUUCCAUUUCGCUCCACGUGCUGUCGCAGGAUGGCUCCCUGCUGGCUGCACUCCUCAAUGCUUCGACUCUGGCUCUCAUCGAUGCGGGUAUCCCCAUGACCGACUACAUUGCCGCAUGCACUGCAGGCUCGACAUCGACCUACGCUGCCGCCGACGAUGGCGCCGACCCGCUGCUGGAUUUGAACACACAGGAGGAGCAAGAGCUGCCGUACUUGACGGUGGGAACUCUGGGCUUGACGGACAGAGUUGCGGUGUUGGUGUGCGAGAGUCGCGUGCAGGUCAGCCGUCUGGAGGGCAUGCUUGCUGUUGGCGUGGAUGGUUGCAAGCAGGUGCGGCAGUUCAUGGACCGAGUGGUGAAGGAAAAGGGCAGACAGAUGGUGCAAGAAGGUACUGUUGAAAGAGGAACUGGCUUGGACUUGGAGAUGGAGUCAUAA